UUUUCUUUUUCUUUCUUUUUUUUCUUUCUUCUUCUUUUUAUUCACUUUAUGUCUUCUUAUAGUCUUGAUUCUUAUUCUCAACAAACUAGACGAUGUUCUAAUCGAGAUGAUAUUACUGAUUCAUAUUUUGAUGAUGAUUUUUCAAUGGAUGAAAAUAGUAGUCUGUCUAGUUAUGCUACUACGUCAGGGAGUACUACCAUUCAAUAUCAAAACGUCAGCCAUCAAAAAAAAUCAGAUCCAGCAUAUGAACUUUUUGAAACUAUGAACUAUUAUAACGAUACAGAUAUUGACAUGAUAGAUCAAGAAGUCAGUCAUCGAAAUCGUGAAGCAUUAAUACAACAAUUAUAUACAUCAGAAUCUACUUACCUUCAAUCAAUUGAACUUAUCAUGAAGUUAUUUUUUAAUCCUUUAAGGACUGAUUUACCUCAAUCCCCGACAUCAUCUCCCUCUUCUUCUUCAUCACCAUCAUCAUCUUCCUUUUUAGGUGGAUCACGCAAACCUAUUUGUACUCAGCGCGAGUUACAAUGGUUAUUUUGUAAUAUGGAUGAAAUCUAUCAACUUCACAAAACCAUUCUUAAAGCCCUAGAACAGAGGCUGAGUACCUUCGGCCCGAAUCAAUUGAUCGGCGACAUUCUCCAUGAUACCAUAUUCAAUUCAUUGGGAAGAUGUUAUGGAAAUUAUUUGGAUAACUAUCAUAUUACUGUCACAACCUAUGAUCGCCUAUCCUCAUAUGGUCCCUUCAAAAAAUUCAUCGAGUCAGUCCAUAAGAAUCCAUUGUUAAAAGGCGCUACUCUUUUAUCUUUAUUACAAAUCCCAUCAAGUUGUAUCAAUCGUUAUACCCAAAUAUUCACUAGGAUUGCUGAUGUUACUUAUAUAUUGCAUCCAGAGUAUACCACCUUACAAUCGCUUAAACAAUCCAUCCUUGGCCUAAAUGAAGAAAUAAGACCAUUAAUUGAAAAUGCAGAUAAUGUGGACCAGGUACUUUUGAUUCAUCAAGCGUUAGUUGAUGCACCGUUCAGAAUACACGCGGAUCGACGAUUGAUCCUGCAAGGCGAGCUCACGAGAAUUAACAGUGUACAGCGACGGAGCAAUAAUUUCAAUAUGGAUGGAUUGAAAAAGUCGCCAAAAAUAAAGAGGACGUUCAUCCUGUUCUCUGACAUGUUGAUGAUUGUUCAAGCCAAGCCAGGGCCCAAGCGUACCGUGUUGCAAUACAAAGGUCAUGUCUCACUGGAAAGUGCAAGAGUCCGUGCCUUACCACGAUAUGAAUGUGGUAAAGAUCAUUGUAUCGAAUUGAUCUCUAGCUAUAGUGGUGUUGAUACUAUGCAUACCACCGUCGUAAGCUCAUCUCGAAGCCUGGUACUACAAACUAAAAAUGCAGACGAGCAAGAAGAAUGGGUGUACCAUUUGUCAUCCGUCAUCGCCGAUUUAGGAAGGUCAGCCGCAAAAGCUUCUAGGACGCGAUUAUUACAGGAACAAAAAGCAAGGUCCAUAAAAAUAGAUAAAUCAAAGAGUGUUAUGAAUAGUGGUGAUAGUUUAUUUGACAAAAUACUUUGAAUCACUUUUUUUUUUAUUUAAUAUAUAAAAGACUGUAGAGCUUUUCGAA